AUGGCAUCACGAAGUGGUGUUGAGCUGCAGAACAGCGAACCAACUGCUGAGAUUGAGAUACCUUCUCUCCCUCCAACCGACCAUGGGAGAGACGCCUACCUCGUCCUCCUAGGGUGUACGGUCAUCCAAGCACCCGUCUGGGGAUAUUCCCUCUCAUUUGGUGUCUUCCAAGAAUACUACACUACCUCCCCCUCCUCACCGUUCAUCUCAGUCUCUCCCGGUUCCAUCGCAACCGUGGGAACUACGUUGAACGGAGUAAUGUAUCUCAUGAUGCCACUUACCUUCACCUUGUUAACCCGGUACCCAAGACUCCGUCCAUACUGUGGACCAGUUGGACUGGUAAUGGCUGUCUCCUCCCUGAUCAUGUCCAGUUUCGCCACCAAGGUCUGGCAACUCAUCGCCUCUCAAGGCGUCCUCUGUGCCAUUGGCAGCGGCCUCCUCUUCUCUCCCACCACUUUAUAUCUUGAUGAAUGGUUCAUCGCCCGCAAAGGUAUGGCUUAUGGCACGAUCUGGGCCGGCAAAUCUCUCGCUGGUUGCGUCUUCCCCUUCAUCAUGUCCUCCCUCCUUUCCCGCUUCGGCCCUCGCACGACGCUGCAAGCCUGGGCAGUCUCCCUCGUCAUUCUCACCGCGCCUCUCCUCUUCGCUCUCAAACCGCGCAUCCCGAUCUCCGCCACUACUUCGCGCCGGCCUCUCUCGUGGGGCUUCUUGAAACUCACGUCCUUCUGGAUGCUGCAGACCGGGAAUAUCAUCCAGAGCCUAGGCUAUCUCCUGCCAACCACCUACCUCUCCUCUUACGCGCAUACAUUGGGCCUCCCUUCCAUCACAGGCGCCCUUCUCAUUGCCGUCGUCUCGCUAGCGUCCGUCCCCGGUUCCUUCAUCACCGGCCUGCUGAAUGACCAUCUGGCGCCCACGAACGUGAUCCUCAUCUCCUCGCUCGGCUCCACUCUCGCAGUCUUCCUCUUCUGGGGCCUCAGCUCCAACGUCGCGCUCCUAGCUACCUUCGCUGUCCUGUACGGCUUCUUCGCCGGCGGUUUCAGCAGUACGUACCCUGGCGUCCUGCAUGAGAUGCGCAGGGAGAAUAGUAAUGUGGAUACGGGACUUGUCAUGGGACUCCUGCUAGGGGGGAGAGGCGUGGGCUUUGUGGUGGGUGGCCCGGUGAGUGGCGGCUUGUUGAAGGGCGCUUGGAGCAUGAGCGGCAGCUCGGGGUAUAAUUCCCAGUAUGGCCCGAUUAUUGUGGCGACGGGUGCGACGGCGCUCUUUGGUGGAUGGGGAUGGAUGUGGAAAGUGUUGAAGGGGGCGUUGGCUUGA